AUGGACUACCACUCCGUCCAUGGGCAUGACGUAUCUAGCUUUGACAUAGCCGGGACCCAUCGGCUGCCGACAGUUCAGGCCUCGCAGGCCUUGGACGAGCUCCCGGAUGACGGUGGCCUUUAUUUAUCUACAGGCUUGCAAGGGCUAGAUCAGGCUCUCCUGCCGCCGUCGCCGUCUAGGCCUCCGAGCUCUGCCUCCGUUGGCGGCAUCAAGAGGGGUCAAGUAACAGAGGUUUGGGGUGCGCCUGGGACAGGCAAAACCGCACUCGCGAUUCAGUUGGCUGCGAAUUCCAUCCGUGGUGGAAAUCAUGUUGUUUGGAUCGAUUGCUUCCAAGAGACACAAGUCUCUCGACUGCAAAAUGUGCUGGAGGCUGCGACGGAUGCGGUGCCCGGUGGCUCGAUCCAAGUUGAACGGCCCGCCGCCAGCCGGGGUGAGUUUGUUCACUUUUCAUGCUUGACCAUGGCGCAUUUCAUGGCUCUGGUGUCACGGCCGAAUGCAAAGUCCAUACCAGAGGGGACGGCCCUGAUGGUCGCAAGCAACCUCUCCGCCUUGAUAAACUCAGCGUUGCCGAAAGCUACAGAUGGGAAAACAGGCUCCAAGAACAACAAGGGGCCGACCGCCUCUGCCAAGCGGCUCCAAGGCUUGCAGUUUAUCAUUAAUGCACUUCAGAAGGUAGCAGCAACAAGGAACUGCGCCGUUGUCGUCUCCUCGCAAUGCGCAACCAGAAUGCAGUCCGAGUCCGGGGCCACUCUCGUGCCAGCAGUCAAUGCGUCGGUGUGGGAGCAAGGCAUAUCGACCCGAAUAGUCAUGUUUCGAGAUUGGGCAUGGAAUAAUGGGACACUACUUGGCAUUUUCAAGGCAGGGCUGCAGAAACUGGAUGGCAAAUCUGGCAGUGACGCGAUUGAGCGGGUUGCGGCCUUUAACGUCGGAAGACAAAGCACAAUGCUUGCUAACGGUCAGUGGAUGCAGACUGGCAUUGCAAGAGUGGAAUGCGACGACUCCAAGGCCCCCGCAGUUGAGCCUGCUGACGUGGUUCGACCAAAGCGAAAGCUGGAACAGACCGACUUGGAGGUCCCGGACAGCCAAGGAGAUGAAAACUAUGGCUGGGCAGACGACGACGACGCAGCCCUGCCAGCGCCUCCGCCGCAGUGGCAAGGGAGUGAAGACGUCCUAUUAGGACAGGAACUUGGCCGAAACGACGAUGGUAGGGAUGAGGAUGAGGAUGAGGAUGCCUGUGAAAACAGCAACACACCACCAUCCUCGUAG